AUGGUUGAUGGAAGUGAAGAAGAAGAUAUUUUUGAGGAUGAUGCUACAGCAUCAGUUUUCGUACCACCAACAUAUCGGAUCACCGUUCAAAUUGAUUAUGAAGAGGGAGAACCGUUUGGAAUUGAAUUUGGUAAGAAUUUAACAGUAUUAGAUGUAAAGAAAGAAAUGCGAGCUGAUGGAAUACUGUAUCCUGGUGAUGUAAUUAUUUCCAUAAAUGAUGUCAUUGUCGAAGAUCAGGUUCAAUUUUACGAUUUAAUAAAGCGUUUAUUUCCAAUGGUAAAAAUAGAAGUGGAAAGAAAAUUAUGGAAGACACCGUUAACCGAUAUAAGAGCUCGUCAAAUUGGACUUGUUGCAAAAAGGCAUCAUCAAUACUUCAUUGCUUACUUACAUCGUAUCGAUGGAAUGAAACUUGGUCUAUCUGUUAGGCAAAUACAUGAUCAGGUUGUGGUAACGAAAUGUAAAGAUGGUAGUAUUGUAAGUAAAUGCUAUCAAGAAGGUGAUCAUAUUCUUGAUGUUGAUGGUGUACGGGUAUAUUCGAAAGCUGAUGCAAAGGAACGGAUAAUUGCUGGUUUAAGGAGUGCAUCUUGCGUUUCCACUGUUGUUGAAAGAAAAGAACCUGAAGAUUCAACUUCUAUUAGUAAUCGAGUAUUGCUAUUGGUUGGUGAUCGAAAUCCAAAAAUGGCACCAGAUGCGAUAAAAAAUUGGACAACGUGA